AUGCCCUCCGCGUACAGACAUCCCGAACCUCGUCACGGAGCGUCGCUUACUCUCGAUCUUGCCAUCAUGUCUGACCCUGUCAAGGCCAACGUCAACACUCGCAUGCCCAAGGGCGCAAAGCGUCCAAAGACCUCGCGUGCCUGUCUCGCCUGCCGCAAGCUCAAAGCAAGAUGCGAGCCUCCCGGUGGGGCCAAAGCCUCCUCGACCGACGACCCGCAAUCUUCCAAUCUGACCUUUCCUAUCUGCCAUCGCUGCAAGACCCUCUGCAUCGACUGUCUCUACGAGACGCCCGCUGGUCAAGUCGUCAAAGGACAAGAUCUGCAGCUUCCCAAUUCUACUCCUUCGCCCGUAGCCGACUCGAGCAAACCUCCGCGCAGUGCCAAGCGGUCCAGACCCGACGACGGAAAAACAGCUACUCCAGACCCGUUCAGCAACGACCGUGCCAUCUUCCUCUCUCCGGCCAUAUCUCCCUGCGCACUCACACGUUGCAUCUAUCGCGACAUUGACAUUUGCUCCUUGAAUACACCAAACGCCGCCAAUCUCGAACGCCCUGUCUUGGCUGCAAACGCUCUUUCGCGCCUCAUCGGUGCCGCUCCUACUCUCAAACAAGAAGCUCAAGACUACAUCCUCAGCCUCUCGGGCGCCUUUCGCCAAGAUGUGGGCUUUUCUCUUGACUGCAAGCAAGCGCCGCCCGUUCUUUGCGCAGGAAAAGGGGCGGCACGCCUCAUGUCUGGCCAGACGGUCGCACCACCCUACCCCAUUGACGAGCUCGACUACCUGCUUCGCUCCCUACAACCUUACGAGAGUACAUUACGCAUCGCCUUUCAGGGCUUGUACGGCGCUUUUACGCCCUUCCUCUCCACUCCGUUCGAAGACUCGCUCAACCUUUCGACGUGCGAAUCGGAAGCACAGCGCUUUUUGCUUUUCACCAUCUAUCUAGUUGCCUUGCCACAUCUCGAGUCGGCGCUACCCCUAGAUCCGAUCAAGAGACCACUGCGACGAGCUGUGGAUGUCUUGUUGCGCCGCACCAUCCACAGUCCGCAGAACGACCACCUGAACAUAUUCGCCCUGCACAACUGUGCAUCUUUGUUGCUCUUGCCUGUCGAUGGAUUCGUCCACAAUCAUCAACCCCUUCCCACACCAGAACAAGAGAAUGACGGCUUCUUGGAGUUCGCACCUGACCUCAAUCCCAGGGCCGCUAUCAUCACAUCGCUUCUCGUGGCGCAACGGCUUGGCUACGCCAGCUUCGCUGACAAGCUGCCGUCGAUACGCCAGAAAUUCGAAGCCGAUUCACCUGGCAAUGCACAAGUUGGCGAUCCAGCUCGUGACGAUUUCGCACACGCCGUGCUCUGCACCUUCACUUGGCUCGCCCUGCUUCAAUUUCGCGCAUCGAUCGACUUCGCUGAGGAUAGCAUCGAAUGGGAUUCUCUGUCGCAGUUCGAGCAAGGCAUUCCGCGCAUCCCCAUCAAUGCUAUGACCGCUGCACUUUUGCCUCCACCGCCCUUUCUCUCGCCUCGCGAACAGAGUCGGUGUUGCUGGAUGGCCCAACGCGCCGAGCUCUAUACCAUUGCUCGCGAGCACCGCCACCCCAAGCGCUCUGCAGCGUCCUUCUCGAAAAAGGAGGCCGAAGAGCAAGCCUUUGCGUACAAAAAGGAGCUCGACGAAUGGCGUUACAAGUUUAACGAGCAGAUGCGAAGCAUGAGCACCGGUUUUCGCAAAGAUCGGCGCGGCCUAGGAUUGCAUCGCUACUACUUUAUCUUUUCCAACGCCGAGGCGCAAUCGCUCCAAGUGUCGAUCGGAUCGGUUUACCACCACGAAUUUGUGGCCGACAUGCGAGAGCGACUACCGGAGCCCUUUUACGUUGACAACCUGCCAUGGAAGACGGCUGCAACUGUGAUGCUCGGGCACGAACAGGAUAGACUCACAAAAGCCAUCCUGAUCAACCUUGCUUUUACGGAUGCCAUGCUUAAGGCGCUGGGGUUGAUCUCGAACUUGACCCCCGUCAUGCCGCAGCUCUAUGACUUUGUUUCGUACGAGCAGACAGCAGCAAGCGAGAUCCCGUCGCUCUGCAUCGUCGCACCACCAACGCUACAGGCAGGUUUGUUCGCCGUUCCACUGCUUGCAGCAGCAGAUCUGCGUCUGUCGGUGAUCGAGACGUGGGGCGGCAGCGCGUCCUACUUCAACCAUCAUCUCUUGCCGUUGCUCGCCAAUUGCGUCAAGUCGCUUCGCGCAUGUCACGUCCACGUCGAUCCUCCGGGCGUGCUCAAGAUGCCUUUCACUACGGCAAAUCCUAUCGCCAACUAUCUGCAGGGUCCAUUCGAGAUCCUUAUGAGGAAGAUCGCUUCAGCGGAGGAGCGUUUGCAAAUCUCACACGUAGAGAGCAUCCUCAGCAACUCGUUCCUCUUGUCGAGCAAAAAGAAGGAGAUCGAGAAGAUUGCCGAAGAGCUGGCGCCCGACGCUUCCGAAAUGGUGCAGGCGAUCGCCGACAGUCAGAAGAUCGAGGACGAGAUCUCGGCCAGCAUGACUGGUUCCCUGCAGGUGCGAGGUAUUGAGGAACUCGAGUAUUCGGAAUAUGCGGUCAAAGUGUUCGGUUCAGACCUGCGUCAGGGAGAUGUCAGACCAAUUCGCAAGCCAGGUCGCAGUGAGAGCAGCUCUGCUACGACGCCAGAAGCCGAUACUCGACCAAAACCGGGAAACAGCAUGGAAAGAGGAUUGACGGGCAGUACACCUGCAGUGCCGCAAUUUCCAGCAAAGCGAACGGCACGCGCACACGCUCAGGUGGGCACUGCCACCGCUACUCUGCCAUCUACCAAUUCUGGUCCGUCUACACGGCCAGCCGAGUUUUGGGGUUCAGUAGCGCAGACCCUCCCGGCUCAUGCUGGUGGCCAGACACAACAUUCCACUGGGGAAAGUCACGAUGGUCAACACCUGUUGCGAACUGUUUCUGACUACGCGACGUCGUCCUCUCUAGGGUCGCUGCCGCAGCCGCCAGGAACAGCAUCUUCGUUGACGGACCAGACUGUCACACAGCUAGCGAUGCAGCCUGACUCGGCUCACUCGACUUUCUAUGCCGACCAAGGUCCACCGGGGACAGCAUCAUCACAUGGUGUGGCACACAGCAGACGACUUGGAGGCGCACCGACGAUGGCAGAAUCGCACGCACACGGCAACACAGCCAUGUACGCCAAUGAAGGCUAUUCGACCGAGGGUGUAGCCGGUAUCUUUGCUUACGAGCUUGACAGAGCCCCAAGCACGAAUGUAAUUGCGUAUGGCCUUGACUCUGGCACUCCGCAGACGCACGCUGAUUCCGGCGAACGAGGGUUCUCGGGGCACGGAGCUCACCAUGAUCAAGACCCCGCGUCGUUCGCAGGUGCUGCAAGUUUGCCCGGAUCCAGUCCUUGGUCGCAGCCUCAAGCUUCAUCCGAGGAGCGGCGCUACCAACACGAGUCUCAAACAGCUUAUGUGCCUGAUAACGGCUUCCAUGGGCAUCCUACUUUUGAUGCGUACUCAGUGCCUGGCCGCCAACCAGGGGUAUCUGCGGUGCCGGGUGCGGAGUACUUCAUGCCUCAGCAGCGAGCGCACGCCAACGGAGAUGUUGCUGCCGCCGAGUACCACUCGGUUGACCCGGGUAUCGAUGACCAUCAGCAGGCUCCUUCGCAGCAGGUGCAUCCGAACCAUCAGGGUGCGAAUGCUCCAUUUGCGCCAGCAGACCAGCAUCACGCCACCUGGGACGUUUGGCACUGGACUCCUGCUCAGCAGCAGCAGCAUCAUCAGCAGCAUCAGCAGCAGCAGCAGCAGCAGCAGCAGCAUCAGCAGCAACAGCAUUAUCGAGGCUGA